AUGGUAUUUUCGGCGCACGUUUUGCCAUUUUUUAGCACCUUGUUUGUUCAGCACCACCAUGUUUGCUGUUGUGCGUUUCCUAAACGAUCAUGACAAUCGGUCACACGUUAUACACGUGCAUGACAUCGAAAAUUUUGACCCUAAAGACACCAGCGACUACGACAACCGCUCUGUGUACAACGCCUAUUGGCACGACCCUGUGGACGACACCAACAGCGGGUUGUACAACACGCAAGUCUUGAUGCUGGCAGAGAGCGAAAGCGAUGCCCACGAGAAAACGCGGGCCAAGAGGGUGGUGAUCCCCAAAAUACAUGUGCAAGAAACGUCUGCAGAUGAUGAUGAGGAAUCGCAUGCAAAAAGAAAAAGGGCUGAAAAAAAGAGACAAAAGAACGACAAAGCAAAUGCAAAAAAAAAACUUGUAUGAAAAAAUCCUGAAAAAGAAUCUUGAAGACGCGCACAAAAAGGCACAGUCUGGGCAGAAACCUAGAGCUCAGCCAAGUAAAGGGACAAGCAGCUCAUCCUACAGCGAGUCAUCGGAUAGCGAUGAAUUAUGCGCAAAGACAGAGCUUCUUCAAAUGAAGAAGAAGAAAGAAGUCUGGAAGGCGAGAACGAAGGUGCUGGCGCAAAAAGAGCUUGAGAAGGAUAGAGAUCUGUGGAAAUUGCGCUCUGAAGAGCUGCAGCAGGAAAACAGAUUUCUAAAGCAGCAGGUUGCAAGCCUUCAGAGAUGCCUGGAGAGCAAAAUUUUUGAGCUUGCAGUCAAACAAGACCGGGCACCUUGCAGCCGAGGCACGUUGCCAGCACUUUCUGACGUGGCAGAGGAAACAGAAAGCUUGGUCAGAAGUAAGUACUUCGCUUCUUUUAUAAUAAUUUCCUGCAUUUCAAAACUGAAGCGACAGUUACUGUCAGUAUAUCUUUGUAACUUUAGAUCCAUUGGAUAUGAACAACAAGGCCUGCAGCGAACGUGUUUCUUGUAAGUAACAGUUCUGUUUUCAUAGACAGUAAAGUUCAUUUCAAUUAGUUAUGUAUGCUGCCAGAUCAUUCAUUUUUAAUAUUCCUGAAUAUUGCGUAGCACCAUGCUUAUCUGCUGCUGUAGAAGCAGAGGAAAGGACCGGCGUUCUUAGUGAAGAAGAAAAAGAAAACAUUCCGCAUCCAGGUAAGUGGUAGGCUCAGAUAUGACCUCCAAUAUUCUGAAAUUAAUUUUUUUUGUGCCAUGACAAGGACUUUAUUUAUAUCUCCCUUGCAGGCCCCAAUGGAGAUUUUGUUUAUAUGGAAGAUGGUUCUCUAAGUAAUGUGCUAAAAAGUUAAAUGUCACUUUGUCUUCAGCUGUUUUUCAUGCUUAACCUUUUUUUAUGUCAGUACAUACUACUCUUUAGAUCUUAGAUGGUGUA